UCUCUCUUUGUCUGUACAUUUCAACAUAAUAAUAAUCAUCAAAGGAUGGCUGGUAAUAAUAAUACAAAGAAUUCAUAUAUUAUUUCCUUUCUUCUUCCUUUCCCUGAUUCAUUUUCUCUCUAUCAAAAUAAAUCUCUAGUUAAUUGAACCUGGAAACAACCCGUUUCAGAAUUCAAACCUCCUCUCAUGAAUUUAAUCUUCUGCAAUCUUUCAAUCUGACAAGAAGAGAAACAGCAGUUUUCUGGGAGAGCUUUGUGGCUGAAAUGCAAAAGAAGACCACCUCUCUUUCUUGCUGCCUCAUUUGGAAAUUCUUUUAUCACCAAGAUCACCCUAAUCAGACAACACCACACAAUAACAGUUGGCUUUUCAGGGACGGCGUAUCAUGGUUUGUCCAUUAAAAACCUGAGGAAUCAGUGACGUUUUCUUGUGAUUUGGGGUUUGGAUCUAGUACGCGUUCAAGUUUGUUCACGUCCUAGAAGCAUCAAGGAUCAGUCUGAUUCAUAUUUAUUAGAAAAGAGAAUUUAUGGUUCCUUGUUGAUUGAUUGUAUUACUCAGCUUUCGCAAAUGGAUUACUGAUCUCUGCAUGUGGAGCAUUGCGCAUUAUUGUCAUAUCAGAUUUGUAUAAAACCGGCAUCAUUUCUGGAUUAGAGACUUUUGAGUUUUGGUCUGGAAUUUCACUUUUGGGGGGCGGGCUGCCAAGGACUAGUAUAAAUGAAAUUUGAAGUUCCUGAAGCAGACGCGAGACUUUCGAAAGGCUUUAUUGAUUUGCAAGCUCAUUGUUCAAGUUGCCUUAAUAUGGAUGUCAAAGCAAGACCCCAAGGGGACGAAGGACAUAAUGUAGGUCUAGACCAUCAACAUUAUCAUCAGAGAUCAUCUUUAUUGUAUCGUCGAUCACUAUCACACGGUAGGGGUAGCAGCAGAAGACUGAUUCCAGCAAGCUACUUUAGCCUCGAGUCCUUGCUCUUGCUUGUAUGCCUCACGGCGACUCUGCUGAUCCUUCCUUUGAUACUUCCACCAUUACCUCCCCCGCCUUUCAUGUUGCUAUUUCUACCCAUUGGCAUUCUAGCAGUGCUUAUGAUCUUGGCUUUCAUGCCUUCCAAUGUGAGGGAUUUGACUUAUACAGUGUAAGUAAACUAAAAUCGUGUUUCCUUGGAUGCUGCGCAUUUCUUUAUUAAUGUCUCCUCUUUUGAGUUUUGUUCAUCGUACAAUUUUGUAAUUCUCUUCUCACCAACAUGUUCAAUACAACCGCAUUUUGUACUAA